AUGGCGGACAAAUAUGGCGUCAAUACCAUUCUCUCGGAAUGGCUCCUCGUCAUUCUCAUCGUCCUCUCGCUGGGCUUCGAGGUCAUCUUUCACAAGCUCGAACACUGGGUCACUCACAAGCACCACCACCUGGCAACCAUUGUCAAAACUCUUUACAGGGAGCUCAUGAUCCUGGGGAUCAUUUCCUUUUCAUUCAUCUUCUACGAAAUCAGCGCUAAACCGGACAAGGACAUCAUCUUUUCAUUCGAGUUUGCUCAUGUUUUCAUCUUUCUUCUCGCCGUUCUCUACUCCCUUGUCGUCUUGGGGUCCAUGUUCACCAGUCUCCGCCUCUCCGCCCGCUGGAAGAAGACGGAGAAGGUCGACUUGGUAACCUACCUCCAGCUCAAGGACAAGUACACUCGUUUCCGCUUGCGUAUCCACAAGCAUCGCGGCCCGUACUGGCGCAACUUCCAAUGGUGGUUCCCCCACUUCCCCGAUCUCUGGCAGUACUGGCAGCUUCAUGAGAUGAUGGCCUUCCAUGAUAUUCGUUUCCAGUUCAUCUUCUACCGCAACUUGCCGGAGCACUUUCGUUUCUCCUCUUUCCUUCGCAGGAUCAAGUCGGUCACUUUUGUUGAGCUCGUCGAGUCGCAUUGGUCUCUGUACGUGAUCCUCCUCGCUGUUGUUCUCGGGGAUAUCACUCGUCGGAUUGUCAUUAGCGACCCUACUCAGUCUGGCAACACUGACGUUGCGGAGUCUGCGUUCAUUGUCGGAUCAGCCAUCGCACUUAGCUUGUGUGUUCAAGUUCUCGCCAUGAAGAUUCGCAGUGUCUACUGGGAGCUGACCAAGAAUCCUCGCAUCUACUAUGAGGGCGUCCAGGCUGAAGAUGUUGUGCAGGAGAUUGCCGCCGCCAAGGCCCGCAUGCUCGAAGGCAGAGAUUCCCAGGGCAUCUCUCGCUCAGGCCUCUCUACAGUUCCAACGAGCGUCACUUAUGACGAGUCUGGUAACGAAGCAGACAGUGAAAUGGACAUUCGUAUGUCGAUGGGCGACUCUGCGAGAACUGAUGCCACCCUCCCUAGCGGGCGGAAUUCUCGAGUAUCGACGCAGUUGGGUGUUCCCAACCCUGAGGAAGGUACUUCUAUUCUGGACCAUGCUGAUGUAGCCAUCCUCAUCGAGGAACCGAAAGAAGAAGACGAAGAUGAGAUCAUGCCCGUUUCUGAGCGCGCCACAGACAUUGAACCCCCUGGCUUUAAGCCCAUGAUGCCUGCCCCUGUGGUAAACCCUGUGGAGCUGGACGAGCUGGCGUCUCGGCACUCUCUCGACGUGAGGAAGUUCAAGUACGGGACUGGUGUGAGAGCAGCGACUACACUUGGUGUUGCUCCUCAGUCACAACCGUCGUCAGGAUACGAGUCGCCGGCUCAUGGACAGCCAGAUGUGCAGGUGCCGAUCGAGUUUGACGAAGUUGUUUCACGCCAUUCGCUGGAUCUGUCCAGGCCUGGUGGUCCGGAGGCAGUGUCUCGGCCGUCGCACCUUAACCGCAAGGCAUCGGUUGCGAUUGCAGCUGUAGAGGCGGCGCGCCGACGUGCGUCUGACAACCAGUUUGGUCGACGAAGUCUCGACAGCCAGGGCGCAGGUGAGCGAGCGCGCCCCAUUGCGGAUUCAAACAGAUUUGUGGGGAGCCCAAGAAUGCUGUCCAAGCUGUCCUCGCGUGGAGCUUCGACUGAUGAGGAAGGGCGGGCGUCUAGUGACUACAGUCGGAGAUCGUCUGAGAGGAAGAAGCGUUCCAUUGAACUGGCUAGGGCGAUGCCCAGAGAUGAAAUGGCAACGCGGAACCAGACAAUGCAAGAUCGGGUUGUUGACCGUUCAGGGUUGAUGCCAUCAGUGCGACCAGGUGGCGGGUCGUCUGCAGGACGUCGCUCUGCAGCGGCAGCGUCGCGGUCCAUCUCUGACGAGAUGCAGAGUGAGGAAAGUAGCGACUUGGGCAAGUAUAAGCAAGGGGUGAGCGAUCCUCAGGACAUUGCUCGGCACCAAUCGCUGGCAUUCAUGAACGCGACGAUUCUGAAGAAUAUGGAGGACCAGGAGCACGCGAAACAAGAGGAGCCUAACGAGUACCACUGGUUUGUGAAGAAGUUGUUCCCACGUUUGGCACGCGUUGCGAGCCCAGUGGAGAAGCUGUUCUGGUGUGGUUCGCACAAAUUCUUUUUGUGGUGUGUGGAAUUUGUGAUGUUCUUUUCUACAGUGCUGGUGGCGGCGUCGACCGGUUCCGUGUUCCUGAUCCUGGUUGAAAACAACAAUUCGAAGUUUGAUGUGAAAAUGGACGAGUGGAACAUUGCAGCGAUGGUUCUCGCUGUUCUGAACCUGCUGUUUGUGCUGUUCCGAAUCGCCGGGAUCAUCAAAAAGUUUAUCUUCAUUCUGAACAAUGCGAGUCUGGUGCCCGAGUCUCUGGCGAUCCGUGCGAUUCACAAUGUGAAUAAGAAACAGGCGAAGAAGCAUGCGAACCAGGAGAUGGAUUCGGACAGCGAACUAUCUGGAUCCGAAACUGAACGUGAAGAUGUGGAGUCGGCGUUGGAGCGACGCAAGACGCUCGGACGAUUCUUCCGCAAAGAGGCAGAAAGUGGGAACAUGCCUGGUAUCACAGCAUCGAGGAUGUCGCAGGGAAUCACAGUAGAUGGGACGAGACGGCGGUUUGGGCUACGACGCAGUUCACGGAAGAAUAGUGGAGAGGAGGAGACACACGACAUUGGGGAGUACCCGCAGAAGCGGGAGUUUGAAAGGGGUGCACCUCCGGGCGUGGAUGUGGUGUGAUGAAGGGAAGCGAGUGAAAGAAUUAGUAUAUAUGAAGCAGGGGCGAAGAUGGUGGUGGGGAAGUAAGCAAAUAGUAAGUGUGAUGAAGAUGUGCAUGUAGGACGUGUGUUUGAAUUGUGUGUACUGUACAGUAGAGGGAAGCGGGCAACAAGUGAGAGAAAAGAGAGAGGGGUUUUUCGCAAAAGAGGAGUGUGUGAAGAUGGGCUCAACAGUACUGUAAGUAAUGGACAGUGCAUCUGGACAGAAAUUAAAAUCUUGGCUUUGCCCCUUUGUUUUGA